GGCGCAUGUGGGCGGAGCUUCGGGUCUCUUUCCUGGGAUAUCUGCGGGCCGCAUGGAAGCCAAGACUCUUGGAAGUACAACGCCCAAAAAACCUGUCUUAUCUGUCAGUGCAAGGAAAAUUAAGGAUAAUGCGGCCGAUUGGCAUAAUUUAAUCCUGAAAUGGGAAAGCCUCAAUGAUGGAGGUUUUGCUACCGCCAAUAAUAUUGCCAACAUGAAAAUCAGUUUAUUGAGCAAAGACAAGAUAGAAUUAGAGACCAGCAGCCUGGUUUCUGAUGAAAAUGCGGGAAAGAUAUGCCCAGAAUAUAACAGGGAACUGGAGAUGCUGUGUGAGGAGCUGCAGGUCACCCUGGACAGUUUGACCAAAAUACAGAUGAAAAUGGAAAAGCUGUCUUCAACUACCAAGGGAGUUUGUGAACUAGAAAAUUACCAUUACGGGGAGGAGAGGAAGCGGCCCCCGCUGUUCCACACAUGGCCCACAGCCCGUUUCUACGAGGUUUCCUGCCAGCUCUCCAACAUGUACCGGCGGGAGCUCCGUCUGAAGCGCACCAUCGUGGAAGAGCUCGCACACUGCACGGACCGCGACCUCACCCUGAGCUACCUGUCCAUGUGGCUGCACCAGCCCUACCUGGAGGGCCACAGCAGGCUGCUUCUGGAGAGCAUGCUGCUGGAAACCGGGCACCGAGCACUGUGACCCCCAACACAGCUUCACAUGAGAGCCUCCAGGUUCUGGACACGGCUCCUGUAGCUCCUACGGUGGCACUCAUCAGACCUGGGAUGACUCCCCGUGCCUACCCGGCGCCAGACCCUGGGCUCUGGUGCGGACACCUGCUGAUCUUUUUCAGGUCUUCCCAUGCUGCCUGCCACUCCGCAUUACCUGCCCAUUGUGAAUCUGUCACCUGUUAAGACCUCUGCGUGAAGUCACUUGAUCCUGUGUUGGUAAAUCAGGUGUAUUUUACAUAGAUUACAUUUAUAUAAACAAUCCCUGGUUUAAUAUGUAUAUUUUAAA